AUGCCAACCAACGCGUACCAUGGCAGUCAGGCGGCUGGCAGCUCCUACCCAUCCUAUCCACCCGGCGCUCCCUCAUCUUCGUACUACGACCAAUUCCAGCGUCGCUACAGUCUCGAACGUCCUCCCUCGCAGGCCGGCAGCUCCAGGUCACCGCACGGCCUCCAACCACCCCACAGCCCACUGUACUUACCGCCACAGCACCCCCACGGCGAAUCGGACGAGUAUGAAGAAAGAGACCUUGGCGAGAUCGCUGCUGCCAAUCAGGCCGCUCAGGAACAGAGAUGGGGUCCGCAUGCCGCUCUCUCCGAAGCCCCCGCUCGCUACGAGCUUUAUCGAGACCAGCAUACCCACGUCGAUCGCCACACAUCCAUGCCUGUGAUGCCGGCCUAUGAGCCACUGCAUUACGACGGGGGCUUCUACAUGCAAUCACAACCCCCCGGCUCUUUCGAGCCUGUCCCGCAAUACCCUGGGGCGCCGUCGAUAGCUUCUGGCUAUACUAUGGGUGGUCGAUCGCGCCAAAGCCUGCCCGUCCAGGCCUCGCCUCUUAUGCAUCCUCCACCCACUUCGUCCGCAUCCGAACCUCCCAACAUGUUCAACGUUAAUGCAGCCCACCAUCUUCCAGGAGCCCAUGCGCGCCCGCACGAUGCCUUUCAGCAUGCCACCCGGAUCGGCGAUCCGCUGCCCGGCUUUCCAAACUGGUCGCAGACCUGGUACGGCGGACACCUUUCUGCUGAUGGCCACGCUUAUACUAUGGUGCCCCCUGGCUCCGGUCAGAGCGGAUGGGAGAGCGAGACGCUAAGCCAUGGUCUUCCAGCACCUUACGGACCGUAUCCCUACGGCCGGACAAUGACCAACGAUCAGGUGAAGGAAGAGCGUAUCCGCAUGCUGGAAAAGGAGUUUGGGCCCAGAGUAACGCACAAGACGAAACACGACGCAGAGAAUGACGAUGACAUUGAGGCAGGCGAGACUCCAGUCGGAAGUGUCGACGAAAGGGGUCGACUCGUCCUUCCUCGUCGAAAGGUCCGCAUCACCACACGCUGGUUGCAGUGCCUUGUCUCGUUAGCAGCAGCCGGUUUGGGAAUAGGAGGAUUCAUCCUGAUCCGGCCCGAGCACAAAGCACCGCCAUCCGGCACAUUCGCUUCGUUCGUACUUUACGGUGUGUCGGCCCUUUCGACCAUUGUUUGCCUCUGGCUUUUUGCCUUGAAGCCGUGCUGUCGAUCUAGCCGCGUGCCAGCAGGAGCUGCAGGAAUGGGAGGUACUGGAGCAGGAAAUGGCAUGGUUCUGCCGAUCAUGGCCGCGGGAGGAGGAGGAGCUGGCAGCAAAUCAGGACUGUUUGGCAAGAAGAACAAGGUGCAGCCAGGCCCCUUUGUCAAUCUCAUCGUCGAUCCUAGUCUUCUCGGUAAGCGCGCAGAUGACUCUGACUCCGAAACGGAUGCGGACGACAGCGACGACGACGAGGCUGCGCGCCGACGCAAGAAGCGCAGAGGCAAGAAGAAGCGCAAGGCAGGAAUGCUUGCCACCAUGAAACUCCAAGCCAGGUGGCGCGUGGCCCGCACGAGUCUCAAGUGGGACUGCGGCUGGGACGUUGUGCUGUGCCUACUGUGGGGAGCUGCAGCGGUCAUGUCGCUCGGCGUGGGUAAGAAAUGCCCUUCGGGCACAGCAGAGGGCUGGUGCAAUCUGUACAACGGUGCCAUUGCCUGCUCUGUCGUGGCCACGCUGCUCUUCCUGGUCGCCAUCUACUGCGACGUUGUCGGGCUGCGCUCAUCAAGCGCUCCACCGAAAGGUAGCUGA